GGUUCAUCCACCAUUAUUACCUCUAGCAUCAUUUUCCAGUGAUCGAACAUCCACUCUUGUCUCUCUUUUACUCUUUACAUAUCUGAAAAGUCAUCUUAUAUUAUUAGCUAGCUUACCUCUAUAUAUUUUUUUGCUUUUUAAAAGCUUCCCACUGUAUUUACUAUAUACUCAUUCUUUUACAUUUAUGCUAUAUUUUUGGGAUGUAUCUGCUGUGUCUUUUCAAUUGCUCUCAGAAACUCCAGCCGUUGCUGUUUUGCCAUCAUCCCUGCUCGUGUCCCCUUCCAAUCAACUGAGACUAGCUCCAAAUUGAAUAUUGAAAGGCUUUGAGAGAGUUGAUGUGGAGAGGAUGUUUCUUAUGGUGGGUCAGCCUCACAAUAGAUGGAUUUGGAACAGAUGGGAAGGAAUUUCUUUAGCCAGAAGGUGGUCAGUCUUUGGAAUUGAAUGCCAAGGAAGACAUGAAGGUCAAGUCAUUGAAUAUUUUAAGCAGAGCUUGAUAGGUUCUUGGUUAGUCAGGGAGUUGAAGGUUAUGGGAGAAGGCAGUAGAAUGGGGUUGAGAGUGAUAAUAUAUCAGCCAGGAUGGAAUGGCGAAGUAGAGUAAAUGGGCCAGUUCAGAGUUCUGCUCCUCUGUGUUGUGGACUUCUCUCAUGAUUCUAAUUUCCUUUACUCCAUUGUAAUUCUGAUACAUCUGAUUUUAGCUCUCCCUCUCAAACUGCAAGAUGAAUUUUGUAUUAUGAUUAAUGUUUACUCAUGGUUCCUUUACACAACACCCAAUCCAGUAUUGACUUUCCCCUAGUGGGCUCAACCACAAGCUGCUCUAAAAAGCCAUCUUGUAGGCAUUCUAUGAAUUUUCUCUCUUGGGAACCAGUACUAACCUAAUUUUACAAAUCUGCCUGCAUUUUGAAAUCCCCCAUCACUAUUAUAACAUUGCCUUUUUUACAUGUGUUUUCAAUCUCAUUGUAAUUUGUAGCCCACAUCCUGGAGGCCUGUGUGUAAUUUCCAUCAGAUUCUUUUUACCCUUGCAGUUUCUUAACUUUACCCACAAAGAUUUAAUGUCUAACAUCCUAUGUCACCUCUUUCUAAAGAAUUGAUUUCACUUUUACCAACAGAACCACCCCACUCACUCUGCCUACCUGCCUGUCCUUUCGAUACAAUGUUUAUGCUUGGAGCUCCCAAAUAUGAUCUUCUUUUAGUCAUGACUAACUAAUACCCAUAAUGUCGUAAUUGUCGAUCUUUAACUGGGCUAUAAGUCAUUAUUAACACAAGAAAUUCUGCAGCUGCUGGAGAUCCAAUGCAACAUACACAAAAUGCUCGAGGAAUUCAGCAGGUCAAGCCGCAUCCAUGGAAAUGAGUGGUUGAUGUUUUGGGCCAAGACCUUUUCUCAGGAUGGGAAAGGAAGAGGGAAGAUGAUAGAAUAAAAAGGUGGGGCAGGGAAGGAUAGCUGGAAUGUAAUAGGUGAAACCAGGUGGGUGGGAAAGAUAAAUGGCUGGAGAUGAAGAAGUAAGAUAGAGGAGAGUGGACCAUAGGUGGUGGGGCAUCGGGGAGAAAAUAGGUGAAAAGAGGUAAUACAAGAGGAAGGAGGAAACCCUGAUGAACUUUCAGUCACACCAGACACCCUAAACAGCAGAACAUCAAAGAGGACUGGGAAAGGUAUCAAUAGUUAUUUACAAGGACACAGAGCUGAGGAUGGUGAGACUGAAGACUCUGCAGAAGAGGACUUUGCUGGAAAGCAGGAGGAUAUUGAAGCUUUUGUUGACCAGGAUCAGGACACCGAAGUAAUGAACGUGUCAGAAAUUGGGUACACUAAGUGUGCCGAGGCAGAUGCUGUUGUGGACAAAGCCAUGGAGUGUAUUUUGGACUCCACUUCAGUUGAGAAAGAACGAAAAGAGGCAACUGGAGACCCAGCAGAGGGGGAACAAAUGCAAGUUAAUGAAGAAAUUGAAACAACUCUAGAAGAACCAGAAAAGGAGAAUGUAGCUGAGAAUUCGGGGGAGGCUUAUAGUUCAGUUCCUACAGAGGCGAAGCCCCCUGAAGAUCCUCGGGUAUUGAUGCAAUAUAUGAUUGAUAUGGAUGCCACCUAUAUCGAAGAGGAAAAUAGAAACGUGGUUCAAAUGGAGGACAGAAUUACGUUGGACGAAGCUGGUGAAAUGCAACCGGAAGGACCCAAGAUGGAGACUGACUAUAUGCAAGAAAAGGUUGAUGCUGAGAAGAUGGACAUGAUUGAAAGUAAUGAUAAGAUGGAAAGUCACCAGCAGAAGCAUGAAGUAGACGAGGGAGAGACUAAGGGAGCAGAAACAGAAACGCUGCCACGAUUUGAGGAAUGUAAAACAAGUGCAAGGAAUCCAGAAGAUGAAGGUUCUAACAAAGCAGAAAAGAAAGAACCUUCGAUUGUUGAGGGCAGUGAUCAGAAGAGCUCUGAGGAUGGAAAAGAUAUUAAGAAUGAGACAAGUGAAAAAGAGGAACCAGGUUCCUGCAGAACUUCAGAUGCUACAGGCAAGAACCUUUGGGUGAGCGGACUGUCCUCCACUACCAGGGCAACUGACUUGAAGAAUCUCUUCAGUAAACAUGGCAAGGUGAUUUGUGCCAAAGUUGUAACAGAUGCUCGUAAUCCUGGUGCCCGCUGCUAUGGAUUCAUUACCAUGUUGACACCUGAGGAGGCAACAGAGUGCAUCUCCUCCUUGAAUCAAUCUGAACUAAAUGGGCAAACCAUCACUGUAGAACUGGCUAAAAGUGAUCCUAGCUGUAAGAAACUUGCAGAGCAGAAAGCCGAGAAUACGAACAAGGUCUCCAAACCAAGUUCCAGCCGAAGAAGUGGACAUGAUAGGGAUCAUUCCAGAGAUGGGUCAUCUGUCAAUGGAAAAAGGGAUGAUCAGAGGGACAGUGGAGAUGAUGGAAAACUGGAAGAUAUGAGAAGAAACAGACGGAGGGAAAGAGAUGACGGAUCCAGAUCAUACUCAAGAUAUCGAGAUUCAGAAAGAAGUCGAGAGAGGAGGAGGUCUAGGUCCAGAAGUCGUCAGAGGAGACUUCAGAACAGAGAUAGAGGAAGAGAUUUUAUGUCCUUUGAUAAACUUAUAGCAAUGAGAGAACGUGAGCGAGGACGUGAACGAGAACGACAUUGGGACCACAGGAGAGACUUUUGGGAAAUGGAGAGAUUCAGAGAGCGAGAUAUAUGGGAGCGAGAAAGCCGACGGGAACGUGAAGGUAGAGAAAUGCUGGAGAGGGAACGAAGCCGCUUGCAAAUUGAGAGGAUGCGACUCGAACGAGAGAGACUGGAGCGAGAAGCACUGGAAAGAGAGAGGUUACUUAUAGAAGAAGAGAGGAGACGAGAACAGGAGCGAAUACAUCGAGAGAAGGAACAAUUGUUCCGUGAGAUGCACUAUGAACAAUCUAUGAGGAGGCCUUACGAUAGACCAUACGAAAGGCCGUAUGAAAGGUUUUAUGAUAGGCCUUAUGAAAGACCAUAUGAUAAGCCUUAUGAUAGUUUCAAUCGAGGUUGGAACAGUGAUCGUAGUCGGAAAAUGGACAGAUUUCCUGAUCAUUCCUGGCAGGAAAGCAUGGAUGAUGGAAUGCUGUCAAGGAAUCAUUGGCAAGGUGAUAACCGGGACACGACUGGCCAGUCUGGAACAAGUUACACUAUGCAUAGAGGAGGACAGCGGAAAAAACACCAGGAGUGGUUUGAUGAGAACGACCAUGAGAUCCAGGAGCUAAUUAGUCGGAAACGUAAGGCCUUCUUAGAAUGGAAACUUGAUCACACUUCUAUUGGAAAAAAGCAGCUUUACAGGCACUUGAAGGCUGAGGUCCAACAAAAAACACGUGAUCUAAAGAACAAGUGGUUGGUGGAGAAAUCGUGGGAGAUCCAGCAACUGGCUGUAUGUCAUGAUGCAAGUCGAUUCUUUAGCACAUCAAGACCACUUAUAGUUCAAACAUCCUCUGGCCUACCACUCUGAGAGCUAACAACAGAAAAAUUAUAGAGGACAGGAAGGCAGUUAGCACCCAUUGGAAGGAUUACUUCAAAGGCUUCUCAACUGAGACUCUGUCUUGGCUCCAUUUCACAGUGCAAUAUUAAAUUCAGACUCACCACCUUCAGACCAAUAAAAGGGUGAAAAAGCCAUACUAUGUGUCAUCUUGAAAGUACCACAGGCAUAGCCUCAAGAUGAUAUGCCCUGCUGAAGUUUUCUACAAAAAUAGUAGAAGUACUUAACACUGAUUUACAGCAACAUCUCCCAUAUUUGUGAAGAGACACCAGAUGCUGUAAUUGCGACCUUCUUCAGGAAAAGAGACACUUGAUUGUGGACCUUAUAGAAGUGUCUCUCAGCUGUAUGCUGCAGGGAAGUCAUUACCAAGCUGCUGGAAGAGCCUCCCAAAUUUCCAAAGUUCAAAGUAAAUUUUAUUAUUAAAGUGCAAAUACAACCCAGAGAUUCAUUUUCCUGUGGGCAUACUCAGCAAAUCUAUAGAAUAGUGACUAUAACAGGAUCAAUGAAAAAUCAUCUAGAAUGCAGAAGACAACAAACGGCAGCUGCAAAUAUAAAUAAGUAGCAAUAAUAAUGAGAACCUGAGAUAACAGGAUAAAAGAGUCCUUAAAGUGAGAUCACUGGUUGUGGGAACAUCUCGAUGUGAGUGAGUGUAGUUAUCCCCUUUGUUCAACAGCCUAAUGGUUGAGGGUAUUAACUGUUCUUGAACCCGGUGGUGUGAGUCUUGAGGCACCUGUACCUUCUACUUGAUGGCAGCAGCGAGAAAAGAGGAUGGGUGGUGGGGAUCUCUGAUGAUGCUGCUUUCCUACUACAACGUUUCAUGUAGAUGUGCUCAAUGGUUGGGAGGGCUUUACCCAUGAUGUACUGGAACAAAUCCACUACCUUUUGUAGGAUUUUCCAUUCAAAGUCAUUGGUGUUUCCAUACCAAGCCGUGAUGCAGCCAGGCAAUACACUCUCCACUACACAGCUAUAGAAGUUUGUCAAGGUUUUAGAUGUCGUGCUGGAUAACCGCAGACUCUUAAGGAAGUAGAGGCGCUUCUGUGCUUUCUUUGCAAUUGCACUUACAUGUUGGGUCCAGGAGAAAUAGUAACUCGCAGGAAUUUAAAGUUGCUAACCCUCUCCACCUCUAAUCCUCCAUUAAGGACUGGGUUGUGGACCUCUGGUUUCCCUCUCUGGAAGUCUAAAUUCAAUCCCUUGGUCUUGCUAACAUUGAGAGAGAGGUUAUUGUUAUGACACCACUCAGCCAAAUUUUGAAUCUCCCUCCUGUAUGCUGAUCAUCACCACCUUUGAUUUGACCCAAAACUGUGGUGGUUUGGAGCUGUUCUUAGCCCCACAGUCACAGUCUACAGUGAGUAGAGCAGGGGGGCUAAGUCCUGUGGUGUACCUGUGCUGAUGGAGAUCAUGGAGGAGAUGUUGUUAUCAGUCUCAAACUGACUGGGGUCUCUUGAUCCAAUUACACAGGAGGUAUUUAGGCCAAGGUCUUGGAGAUUGAUUAGUUUUGUGGGGAUGAUGAUAUUAAAUGCUGAGCUGUAAUCGAUAAAGAGCAUCCUAAAUGUAUGCAUCUUUGCUGUCUAGAUGUUCCAGGGUUGAGUUAAGAGCCAAUAAGAUGACAUCUGCUGUAGACCAGUUGCUUUGAUAGGUAAGUUGGAGUGGAUCCAAGUCGCCUCUCAGGCAGGAGCUGGUAAUGUUUCACCAGCCUCUCAAGGCACUUCAUGUCUGUGUAUGCAAGUACAACUGGGUGAUAAAGGCCCAAUAGGAAUGAUCACCAUGUGACAACACCAGGAACAUAUGCAAGGAAUGAUAGCAGUCACCUUACCAGCCAACUCUGACCCCACUAAAGUCUUCAUCUGUCAACUGAAAGGAGCUGUGAAGAAUGCUUCCUAAGUUUGGCUGUCCUCAGAAAUCUGGUUCAAUUAUGCAUUUUACUGUUACCUUUGAGGUAAGCCACAAUUCUACCAAACAAUCCACAGGUCAAAUCUCAGAUCUGACUGGUGUUGGCCAAGGUGUGUCAUCACCCUCAACAUUUAUUAAACUUCCUUGCUGCAGGGUUCCAUCUCACCACCAGCAAACUUCCUUCUGAACUGGAGCUGAUCUGUAGAAUGAAUGUGAAAUUGUUAAAUUUCCUUGACUUUGACAGCAGUGCCAAGGUUGACUUUUGGAGACUGGUCAUUAGACCAGUUACAGCUCACUCAAGGUAUUUACUCAUAUGAAGCUUCCUCAGAACCAGCCUCUGUCAAUAAAGGCUAACAACAAAGGCCCUACAAAGUAUGAUUACUUUCAAAUCUUGAUUACCAGAUCUUACUGAAGGCAGACAUCAGUGAUAAAGUUCAUCUCUGCUUCCAGUGCACAACUGCAGCCUUCAGUUCUUGGAGAAAAGGUAUUGGCAGAAAAAGACAAACUUAGCACAAAAACUCAUGAUUCACCAGGUAGUGAUGAUUACAUGGUUGAGAGACUUGGACUACCAUAGCAAGCACCUCAAGAUAUACGAGGUAUCACCAACACCAUGUCUGCAAGAUCUUAUAGAUGAAGUGAACCAACAUUCCUCUCCUAGGCCACCUGUUCACUGUUCUCUGCAGACCCUCUAAUUACACUCAGCUCAUUCCAAUGACAGAUCAUAUUGUUGAUGCAGGAAAUCAAGAAAAAUAGCAGAAGUUGUGUAUGAAACCCAGUCCUCCUCAAUACCUCAUUAAAUACUUCCUGCCUCAACUAUUGUGGUGCCUGUAACCUCAUCAGCCCUUCUCAGAACCCACAGAACAUGUAAUCAUGUACUCAACAUUGAGGGGUUGUAUAAGAUGGUGAUCCAGAAUCUGUUCACACCAAGCUCCCCCAUACAUUCUCCAACUACGUUUAAACUCCAUAUCCUCCCAGUAAUCCAUUGAGAUAGAAAAAUGCUGGGCUAAAGUACAUAUGUGAGACUAAACUAGUGGAGACAAUUCACCAGCAUGAGGCUAGAGUUUUGUGUAACUGCAGGAAUGAAUAAGAAUCCAUAUUGUUAUGGGUGAAAGUAUAUAAUUAUUGUACUACUGGGAUCACAUUACUCACUGCAUAGAAAUUAUACAUUGUAUUGUUCAGCUAUGCAUGGUCUGUAAACUGGAAAUAAAUCAAAUGUUAGCUUCA